GCUAUGUUCGAGAACAUUUUAUUUUUAUUUUGAAAGGGUUAAAAAAUGAGUCGUUUUGCGUAUACGUAAUAUUGUUAUCUUGUAUGAGUCAUAUGUCGGGGUAUUUGUCAGCCCGAUCGGCCGGUUCGUUCGGCGCGCGCCACCUGUUAAUAUUUAUACGAUACCUACCAAAUUGUAAAAUGUUGCAUCAUUGUAAUUUUGUAACCUGCCGAAUAAAGAUAUGAUACAGUCCACAAUUUGAUUAUUUACAUGGUCCUUUCGAGCCUGAAUUUGCUUAAAAUUGGUUAAUUAAUGGAUUUUUAUUUGUGAUUAUUUUUUGUUCUGAUCGACGUGAAUACAAUGAUCAAGUGAGUCGGCAUAUUUUCAGUGAAUUAUUCGUGCGUUUUUUACAUCGACACAGGUAACAGGUGCGUUAGUAUCUUAUCAACGACGCGUGAUUUUUUGGAAGACGUUGCGCCUGUUGUUUAUCAACGUUGUGAAUUAUUUUUCGAUGCCGCGCGCUAUUUAUCGACGCCAUGCGCUGUAUUUCGACGCUAUUUUGAUGCGGUAAGCUAUUUUUUGACUCCGUGCGUACUGUUUUUUCGACACUGAAAGUGUAAUUGUGCCGCCACACGUAUUUUUCGUUGCCGUACUAUUAUUUCACUUACCAUGGCAGACGGUAAUGAUAAAAUUUCAAACCACGGUGAUAAUAUUUCGAACCUUGGAGGAAAUCCAAGCCAACAUAGUGAUGACAACCGGUCAAAAAAAAGUAAGGAGGACGAUCUUCACACUCGUUCCCAUGCCGCAUCAACCUUUAUAAACACUUCGAGGCAGAAUUGGAUUGCUACAGCUACUGCGAGGUGUAAUGUUCUAAUAGGCGAUCUCAACGAACAAUAUGAGUCUGCGCAAGAGCUUGCCGAGGAUCAAGGUUUGCCCUCCAAAAAAGCGACAAUCGCCAAAACCGAGUUAAAAGAUUUGGAAUUAAUAAAGGAAGAAUUCUGUAAAACGAAUUCCAACCUGAUCGAAGUAGUUUCCUCAGCCAAGGAGAAUCCGAUCGAAUACGAAGUAAGCCGUAUGCGUUUUAUGACUACUUAUCGUAAAACUCGUAAUAUUUUUCUUUCGAUGGAACCUAUACCUGACGAGUCAUCAGUGCCUAGCUCAAAAUCGAGUAAUUUGAAAAAUUUAAAAUUGCCAAAAGUUGAGAUUCCAAUUUUUGAUGGAACUUUUAAUAACUGGACCUCGUUUAAAAAUUUAUUUACGUCGUUAGUUCAUAAUAACAAUGAGCUUGAUAAUGAAGCAAAGCACCAUUUUCUUCAAACAAAAGUUUCCGGUGAUGCCGCAACAAUGAUUGUAAAUUUGCCUACUGAGGAAGAUAAUUAUGAGAAGGCUUGGUCUAUACUACUCAAACAUUACGACGAUCCGUUCCGGCAAAUCGACGCCCAUUUUAAUGCUCUUUGGAACUGCCAAUCUUCAAACAAAGGGUCGCCGACCCUGAAAGAGCAGAUGGUUCUUUUUAGACAGCAUACAGCUGGUCUUCAGGCUAUUUUUAGAAAGAACAAGAUCGAUGGUUUCAGUCAAAGCAUGCAGUAUUGGUUUCUCAAAAAAUGUGACAAGGGUACUCAUGCAGAGUGGCAACGUGAGCUUUCACGAAAUAAAAGUUUCCGAUCUCUCGACGAAUUCUAUGAUUUUAUGGAUAAUCGUAGUGCCGCUUAUCAACGUACUUCGGCGAAUAAUGACGCAUCAGCGAAUGGUAGCAAGACAGCUGUGAAACGUAAUCAUCAUGGUGUUGCAGUCGUCGGUGCCGCAGCUACGAAAUCGAAGUAUUGUGUAUUCUGUAAAUCAAGACAGCACUACAUUCCAGCCUGCCCAGACUACAGAAAUCUUUCUGCGCUCGAUCGUUUCAAGUUUGCAAAACGAAGCAAACUAUGCUUUUCCUGUUUCCGUUCAGACUGCCGCCCCAGCCGGUGUGCCAGACAAGUUUGCAGAAAAUGCCAAGGGGCUCAUAAUACGCUUCUCCACAUCUCGCCUGAAGAAUGGGCUACUUCAGCUCCACCUCGCCAACCAAAUUCGACACCAGCUCAGCAACAAGCUGAAUCUACAACUCCGAAUCAACGCUCUACUGAAGGUCACUCUCAGAAGUAGCUUAAUUCGAUAAUGAGAAAAAUCGUUGGAAGAAUGAAAUCUAAGUUUCAAGAAGAACUUUAUCGAAGGAAUAAUUUAUUUAUUUGAAUAUUGUUAGAAGUUGAAAAUUGUGCAACUUGAUAAUUUUACAUUUAUUUAUUUAUUCUGAAUAAUGAAUACCCCUACUGUUAGAUACGAAUUCAAGGAUCGAUCCGCCGUGAGGGUACUCUCACAACUAAACCCUUUGUGGUUACCUUUAAUUUACGUUGACUUAUAACUCAAUGACUACUCCUGGGGGUUGCUAUAUAAGCGUGCCUCGGAGCUUGCUGUAGGUUGGGUUAAUGUACAACCCAAGUCUUACUAGUACCAGUGAGACUGGAAUUACUAACAGUAGUGUUGCACAAUAUAAUAUGAAAACCUGCAGAUACGUACAUAAAUGAUCAAUCAAUUUCCACGAAGUUCUUUCUUUAUUUCAUCAGUAUUUGAUUUUUUGAAUUUGGGCACUCAUUUGAGUGGGGAGGAUGUUCGAGAACAUUUUAUUUUUAUUUUGAAAGGGUUAAAAAAUGAGUCGUUUUGCGUAUACGUAAUAUUGUUAUCUUGUAUGAGUCAUAUGUCGGGGUAUUUGUCAGCCCGAUCGGCCGGUUCGUUCGGCGCGCGCCACCUGUUAAUAUUUAUACGAUACCUACCAAAUUGUAAAAUGUUGCAUCAUUGUAAUUUUGUAACCUGCCGAAUAAAGAUAUGAUACAGUCCACAA